AUGGUCUCGGUUAAACUGGGGAGCCGCUUAGUAAAUUUCAUGAUUGAUACUGGGGCGCAAUUUUCGGUGCUCACGAAGCCGUUAAAAGCAAAAAGCAACCAAGCAGUGACAAUUGUGGGGGCCACAGGCAACCAGGUCCUUAAACCAUUUCUGCAACCUCAAGAAUGCCAGAUUGGGGGAAAAACCCUUACACAUCAAUUUCUGUAUGUGCCUGAAUGCCCAAUCCCCUUGCUGGGACGUGACUUUCUAUCAAAGGUUCAAGCACAGAUUACAUUCACCCCAAAAGGGGCAGAAAUGAAAUUACCCCAGGCUGCAUCGGGGAUAGUCACGGUAGAAGUGCCUAGGGAACAGGCAUGGAAAAUGAUGGUGGCUUUAUCAAGUAAAGACUCUCAAAAGGAAAUUUCACAGAUUCCUAAAAAUCUGAGAGCCCCACCUGGAGUAUGGGCGGAGGACAACCCACCAGGCAUGGCAAAGAAUAUAGCCCCAUUCAUAAUAAACUUAAAGCCAGGGGCAAAGCCAAUAGCAACUCGACAAUAUCCAAUCCCAAGACAAGCAGCAGAGGGAAUGCAGAUGCAUAUAGACAAGUUUUUGCAAUAUGGGCUUUUGGUAAAGUGCCAGUCCAGCUGGAACUCUCCACUUUUUCCAGUGCGCAAGCCAAAUUCAGAUCAGUUUCGCCCAGUCCAAGAUCUGAAAAGGAUUAAUAAUUUAAUACAGACUCUGCAUCCAUGUUUGCCCAAUCCUUACAAUCUCCUAGGAUUAAUUCCAUCAGAGGCAACUGUGUUUACAGUGUUGGACUUAAAAGAUGCAUUUUUCUGUUGCCGUGUUGCCUCCCAGAGUCAGCCCAUAUUUGCAUUCCAAUGGGAGGAUCCUUACAAGGGGACAAAAACCCAAUUAACAUGGACAAGGUUGCCCCAGGGCUUUAAGAAUUCGCCAACACUUUUUGGAACAGCCCUUGCCCAGGAUUUGUCUAAAUUCCCUUCAGUGCCUGGGAAAACAGUUCUUCUUCAGUUUUUGGAUGAUUUGUUGCUUGGAUGUGAUAGCUAUAAGACUUGUAAAAAGGCCACAGAGGAUUUGCUUUAUCUCCUUUGGGAAGCAGGAUACAAGGUGUCUCGGAAAAAGGCACAAAUUUGCCAAGAGACAGUGAAAUAUUUGGGUUUUCACAUUUCUCACCAGCAGAGGGCGUUGGGAUCCGAAAGGAAGGAAGCCAUUUGUGUCAUUAAGGAACCCACAAGCCGCAGGCAAUUGCGGGGGUUUUUGGGGGCUGCAAGUUUUUGCCGUAUUUGGAUCCCUGAUUUUAGCACCCUAGCAAAGCCUCUAUAUGAAAGCACAAAAGGCAGAGAGAAUGCUCAUUUCGAAUGGCAUGCAGAGCAAAGGAAAGCUUUCAAUACGCUAAAAUCUAAACUGAUGCAGGCUCCAGCCUUAGCUUUGCCAGACCCAGGAAAAGUUUUUUUUCUUUUCGUUCAUGAGAAAUCUGGAAUUGCAGCAGGGGUCUUGACUCAAGUAUUGGGAAGUUGGAAAAGACCUGUAGCUUAUUUGUCAGAGCAACUUGAUGCAGUGGCGAAAGGAUGGCCACCUUGUAUGCGAUCAGUAGCUGCAACAGCCCUAUUGGUUAAAAAGGCAUUUAAAUUCACCUUUGGACAGGAGAUUUAUGUGAAUGUGCCUCAUGCUGUGUUGACAUUAAUGGAAUACAAAGGAAGUUAUUGGCUUUCCAACGAGCGCAUGGCAAAUUACCAAGGGCUUUUGUGUGGUAACCCACAAGUACAUUUGCAAGUUGUAAACACCUUGAACCCCGCUUCUUUGUUACCCCUUCCUGAGUCAGUGGAUCAUGAACCUCAUGAUUGCAUUCAAGUAAUGGACACAAUUUACUCUAGCUGUCCAGAUUUGCAGGAUGAGCCUUUAAAAGACCCAGACGUAGAAUAUUUCACAGAUGGAAGCAGCUUUGUGAAGGAGGGGCAGAGGAGAGCAGGAUAUUCUGUGGUUACUCUAACUGAUGUCAUUGAAGCGCAGGCUCUGCCAGUUUCGUCUUCAGCGCAAAAAGCGGAACUUGUGGCUUUAACCAGAGCACUUCAGCUAGCAGCUGGAUGUAGCGUGAACAUCUACACAGACUCAAAGUUUGCUUUUUUAACAUUACAUGCCCACGGAGCCUUGUGGAAGGAAAGGGGGCUCAUUGGGGCAGAAGGGAAAGCGCUGAAAUAUGGCCCGGAAUUAGAAGCGCUUUUGGAAGCUGUGUGGGCUCCGAGAAAGGUUGCGGUCAUACAUUGCCGAGGCCACAGCAAAGGAACCACAAAGACAGCUAAGGGAAAUCAAUUCGCAGAUCUGACUGCAAAACGGGCAGCAUUGCUGCCACCGCCAAAUGCCUCUAUAACAGCAUCUCUUCUUCCUACAGCAGUUGAUUUAGAGCAAAUAAAGCCCAUCUACACGGAGGCAGAACAGGAAUGGGCCCAACAGGAAGGGGGAUACAGAAUGCCACCACAGGAUGGAUGGUUUAUCCUUCCAGACCAGCGAGUAUUUGUCCCAGAAGCCUUAGGCAGGAACAUAGUGAAACAAUAUCAUGAGUCCACUCACUAUGGGGCCACGGCAUUGCGGGAAAGCCUGAAUAGGCAAUUUUACAUAACCAGGAUAUCACAGCUGGCUGAAGCAGUAUCACGCGCAUGCCUUCUGUGUGCAAAGAACAACCUAAAGCAAGGCCCAGUUCCUCCACCAGGAAUACAGCAAACAGGCUUAAUGCCAAUGGAGAAUUUUAUAGUAGAUUUUACGGAAAUGCCAAAGGCAAAAGGAUAUAAGGCACUUCUGAUCUUCACAUGCUCUCUUACAGGUUGGCCUGAAGUCUAUCCUACUAGAACAGAGAAGGCCCAGGAGGUUGUAAAACGCCUCUUAACAGAAAUCAUUCCAAGGUUUGGUCUACCAAGGUGCAUAGGCAGUGACAAUGGUCCAGCAUUGCAUCAAUAG